GACAAGUUGAGCGAGAGAACGAGCGCCGAGAGCGGGAGGAGGCGCCGCAGCCGCCACCGAGCCGGCACCGGGACGGGACGGCAGGGCGCACAACUGCGAGACCCCGCCGGGGAUACCUCCCGCUGUCCGUGAGCGCGACCCGGUCGGCCCGAGACUGAGCGUCCGGCCGACGCCAGGCUGCAGUAGGAGGGGCCGGGGAGGCACCGCGUUUGCCGGCUCCCGAGGCGGCCGGGCGGAGGCGAGGAAUCAGGUUCGAGGGACAAAGAGCUGUGCAAACUUUCUCCCCCCGGCCUCCUGCGAGCGCCCGCGGCCGGGUCGAGGUGGCCGGACGCCCGGAGGAAGCCCGUGGAUGUUCAGCGCGCGGCCGGGGAGCCACCGCCGCCGUCGCCGCCGCCGCCGUGAGGGGAGGAAUGCACCGGCCGCGCCGCCGCGGGACGCGCCCGCCGCUCCUGGCGCUGCUGGCCGCGCUGCUGGCGGCGCGCGGGGCUGCUGCCCAAGAAACAGAGCUGUCAGUCACUGCUGAGUUAGUGCCUACCUCAUCAUGGAACAUUUCAAGUGAACUCGACAAAGAUUCUUACCUGACUCUGGAUGAACCAAUGAAUAACAUCACCACAUCCCUGGGGCAGACUGCAGAGCUCCACUGCAAAGUCUCUGGGAAUCCACCUCCUACCAUCCGCUGGUUCAAAAACGAUGCACCUGUAGUCCAGGAGCCCCGGAGACUGUCCUUUCGAGCAACCAACUAUGGCUCACGGCUGCGGAUUAGAAACCUCGACACCACAGACACAGGCUACUUCCAGUGUGUGGCAACUAAUGGCAAGAAGGUGGUUUCUACCACUGGAGUCUUGUUUGUCAAGUUUGGCCCCCCUCCCACUGCAAGUCCAGGAUCCUCAGACGAGUAUGAAGAAGAUGGAUUCUGCCAGCCAUACAGAGGGAUAGCAUGUGCAAGAUUUAUUGGCAACCGCACCGUCUAUAUGGAGUCUUUGCACAUGCAAGGAGAAAUAGAAAAUCAAAUCACAGCCGCCUUCACCAUGAUCGGCACCUCCAGCCACUUAUCUGAUAAGUGUUCUCAGUUCGCCAUUCCUUCCCUGUGCCACUACGCCUUCCCUUACUGUGACGAAACCUCUGCUGUCCCCAAGCCCCGUGACCUGUGUCGCGAUGAAUGUGAAAUCCUGGAAAACGUCCUGUGUCAAACGGAGUACAUCUUUGCCAGGUCUAACCCCAUGAUUCUCAUGAGGCUCAAGUUGCCCAACUGUGAAGAUCUGCCGCAGCCCGAGAGCCCGGAAGCUGCCAACUGCAUCCGGAUUGGAAUCCCUAUGGCGGAUCCUAUAAACAAAAAUCACAAGUGUUAUAACAGCACAGGAGUGGAUUACCGGGGGACUGUCAGUGUGACUAAAUCAGGGCGCCAGUGCCAGCCCUGGAAUUCUCAGUACCCCCACAUGCACACCUUCACGGCCCUCCGUUUCCCAGAGCUGAAUGGAGGCCAUUCCUACUGCCGCAACCCAGGGAACCAGAAAGAAGCUCCCUGGUGCUUUACCUUGGAUGAAAACUUUAAGUCUGAUCUCUGUGACAUCCCAGCAUGUGAUUCAAAGGACUCCAAAGAGAAGAAUAAAAUGGAAAUCCUGUACAUUCUGGUGCCAAGUGUUACCAUCCCGCUGGCCAUUGCAUUACUCUUCUUCUUCAUUUGUGUGUGCCGCAAUAACCAGAAGUCAUCAUCACCACCAGUCCAGAGGCAACCAAAGCAUGUGAGAGGCCAAAAUGUGGAGAUGUCGAUGCUGAAUGCUUAUAAACCCAAGAGCAAGGCUAAGGAGCUGCCACUAUCUGCUGUACGUUUUAUGGAAGAACUGGGUGAAUGUGCCUUUGGGAAAAUCUACAAGGGCCAUCUCUACCUCCCAGGCAUGGACCAUGCCCAACUGGUGGCUAUCAAGACCCUGAAAGACUUUAACAACCCUCAGCAAUGGGCAGAAUUUCAGCAAGAAGUCUCCCUCAUGGCCGAACUGCACCACCCCAAUAUCGUGUGCCUGCUAGGGGCUGUCACACAGGACCAACCUGUGUGUAUGCUUUUUGAGUACAUGAACCAGGGAGACCUCCAUGAAUUCCUCAUCAUGCGCUCCCCCCACUCUGACGUUGGCUGCAGUAGUGACGAAGAUGGGACAGUAAAAUCAAGCCUUGAUCACGGAGAUUUCCUGCACAUUGCAAUUCAGAUUGCAGCUGGCAUGGAGUACCUGUCCAGUCAUUUCUUUGUCCACAAGGACCUUGCAGCUCGCAACAUCUUAAUUGGAGAGCAGCUUCACGUCAAGAUUUCUGACUUGGGACUUUCCAGAGAGAUCUACUCAGCUGAUUACUACAGGGUGCAGAGUAAGUCUUUACUCCCCAUCCGCUGGAUGCCGCCGGAAGCCAUCAUGUAUGGCAAGUUCUCUUCUGAUUCAGAUAUCUGGUCCUUUGGCGUUGUCUUGUGGGAGAUUUUCAGUUUUGGCCUCCAGCCAUAUUAUGGAUUUAGUAACCAGGAAGUGAUCGAGAUGGUGAGGAAACGGCAGCUCUUGCCUUGCUCCGAGGACUGCCCGCCCCGGAUGUACAGCCUCAUGACGGAGUGCUGGAAUGAGAUUCCUUCCAGGAGACCAAGAUUUAAAGAGAUUCACGUCCGCCUUCGGUCCUGGGAGGGACUCUCAAGUCACACGAGCUCUACAACUCCCUCGGGGGGCAACGCCACCACGCAGACAACCUCCCUCAGUGCCAGCCCAGUGAGUAAUCUCAGUAAUCCCAGAUACCCAAAUUAUAUGUUCCCAAGCCAGGGUAUCACACCACAGGGCCAGAUCGCGGGUUUCAUUGGCCCACCCAUACCUCAGAACCAGCGCUUCAUCCCCAUCAAUGGGUAUCCAAUACCUCCUGGAUAUGCAGCGUUUCCGGCUGCCCACUACCAGCCACCAGGACCUCCCAGGGUGAUUCAGCACUGCCCGCCCCCCAAGAGCCGGUCUCCAAGCAGCGCCAGUGGAUCAACCAGUACAGGUCAUGUGACCAGCCUCCCUUCGUCAGGAUCCAAUCAGGAAGCAAAUAUCCCUUUGCUACCACACAUGUCCAUGCCAAAUCAUCCCGGAGGGAUGGGAAUCACCGUUUUUGGCAACAAAUCUCAGAAACCCUACAAAAUAGACUCCAAGCAACCAUCUCUGCUAGGAGAUUCCAAUAUUCAUGGACACACCGAAUCUAUGAUUUCUGCAGAACUGUAACAUGCACAACUUUUGUAAAUGUGGUAUACAGGACAACUAGGAGGUUGUAGAAGAGAUUUUAUAUUCAAAUGUUUUAUUAAAGUAAGGCUCUCAUUUAGCAGACGUGGCAACAAGUAUCUUCUGUGAAGCUAAACUGUGUCAUAUGAAGCAAGACACCCCCUAGCCAGAAAACUCCACCACCACCAUUCACUCCGUCGGAGUACAUGACAUGGCGUUGGGACUGGAACUUAACAGUUUCAAGUGCUAAAAACUGCAAACUGGUGAAGAGGAAAAAGAAUUUUGUGAUUAAAUCUCAAACCAAAAAGGAAGUCAAAUGGUGCUUUGUGUAUUUGACUUCAGCGGCCAUGACUGGUCUCUCCCUCCUACAUGUAUAUACAGUAGCAUUUGUCUACCUGCUGUCUUUUCUUCAGGACAGAUGUUCAGGAAUUGUGUUAUUUCAAGUUAGACUCUAUGCUUGGUUGUAAUGGAAGUGAUGUUGAGAAUCAAUGAGGAAGCUUUAGGCCAAAUGGAAAUGAGCCA